AUGGAGACUGAAGCGUCGCUGCUGAUGUCGGGUCAGCCUGCACUUCAAGAAUCCGAGCCGAAUCCAGCCGAGUCCAGUGCUGGAGAGAGAACUGAAGGUCUGUCUGGAGUAGAGCUGUCUGACCUGACUCUGAACACUGAACCCCUGACGCAUGUGGUCAGAGGACUGAGCCGCAAGAAACCGCAGCACGCCUUCAGUGUGUCAGCGUUCGAGGAACAGUUCAAUCAACUGCCAGACAACACGGAGGACACCUCGCAUGUCUUUCAUAAAGGUGAUGUCUCUCAGGCGAAAGGAGAUGCUUCUCAAGAUUUAGAUUUGUCUUCUGGCUCAAAAAGUGGGCUGAACCUGACCUUGAAGACCCCAUUUGUAGAGAAGCGCAUUGAGAGGGCGGGGCUUCAGAGGAAGGUGUCCAAUCGGAGGCUGCAGUCUGUGGAUGCAUUUGAUGAGGCCGUUCAGAGAUGCCUGGAGCAGGGUCCUAACCAAGAGCACUCUGUAUUUCAGGAUGGAAAAACUCUAGAAGAUUCUUCCUGGCAGAAGUUCACUCUCGGCCUCAGUGAUGUCACAGAGCUUUAUGUCCAGUCUAAAAAAGAUGACACAAUGGGACCUUCUGCAGAGUACGAGAGAGAACAUGAGCCCGAGAGAGCCAGUGAUAUUCCUGACUCCGAAUCUUUAAUUCAAGAAGAAAAAGAUCAUGAGAUGGAAUCACAGGAUGAGGAAGAGGUGGUGCCUUCAUCCCAAGAUGAUGUGUAUGUGAGUGCAGAAGAUGAUAUUGUACUUGCUCCAACGCAGGCGAUGACAGAAUCACUUCCUGAAUCUCAUGACGCGGAGCUACAAGAUCGAGAAUUUAAAGUCGAAGAUGAGAACGCUGAGGAAGUCGAGGAUGAGAGCGCUGAGGAAGUCGAGGAUGAGAGCGCUGAGGAAGUCGAGGAUGAGGAGGUUGUUGAAGCUGAACAUGAAAAUAUUGACACCUCACAGUAUCUAGAGCGAAUAACUCGUAGAGCUCACCGCUCAGAGGGAGGAGGUGCUGUCUUGGGAAUUCCAGGCACCACGAGAGUCACAAAGAGUUUUGGAGCUGGAUUGAACCCCAGAGAGAAAGAUCUUUUGGAUUUUGUUGAUGAGGGCAGAGAGAGUUUACAGGACAUUCUAGAUGAAGAAAGAGAACCACUGAGCAGCCCUGAGUUUCCUCAGCUCCACCCUGCAGCAGAGCUCAGCACACCAGAGCAGAGGUCACAGCAACAUGAGGCUAGUCUGGCUGAAGAAGAUGUGCCAGAGCUUGCAGAAGAUGAUGACGCCCAAGAAGAACCGAACCAAUCAGAGGAGGAGGAGCUGAUGGACUCUGAACCAGCCAAUCACAGCCCUGAAUUUCCACAGGACGUGGAAGAAGAGGAGGAAGAGGACGAUGAUGAUGAUGCUCUUAGUGCAGAAUUGUCCGUGAAAACUCCUGUGUUUGUAAGACAGAAAAGAGUUUUCGCAAGUCGUACUGCGCAGACUACGCCAACUGUCCUUAAAGAAGUGAACGCUGGUCCUGCCCCUCAGGUUGCCAAACGAGCCCCCAGACAGAAGCGUCAGACGGGGGUCAAUGUUCUUCCCAAGAGUUACGUCAUGAGCGUGUUCAAGCACUUCGCCAAGACCAAGGUGGCCAGUGACGUCUACCCUGCCAUUAAUGAAAUUCUUAAGAAGUACUUUGAGCGGCUAGCAGACGAUCUGGAAGCAUAUGCUACUCAUGCCAAACGUAAAACUAUUGAGGUUGAAGAUUUUGAGCUCCUCAUGAGAAGGCAGGGCUUUGUGACAGCCACCACGCCUGUGAAUAUACUGAUAGAGAAAUAUCUUCCAAUGGAGUAUCGGAAACUUCUUAUCCCGGUGGCCACUAGCGGAAACAAAGUCAUCCCAAAUCAAAGAAGGUGAACAUGCAGAUGUGACGUCCUCCUUAAACACUGCAGGUGGCUCUGCAUAUCUGCAUGUGUUUUUGUAAAUAUGUUCAAAACAAUAAAUGCCUUGAUUUGUAAAUAAGGAUUUGUGUAAUAUAAAUCUGCUAUUUGUUUUAUGCAGCACAAUUAAAAAUAUGCUUUCAGUUCUUUGUAUUUUUUAGCCAUUUAUGUAUUUUUUUUCCCCAAAACAAACAUUAAAA